ACACGAAUGUACCCCGUGUCAUUCACAGGUUAGUUUCUCAUCCCCAGCUUCAGUGCUGUUGUCACCGAGCUUCUUUCCUAUUGGAUCGUUUCUGCACAUCGUUACUAUGGGCGUGGAUGCGAUGAAACCCCACACGGAUAGAAAUAAAAGGGUUUUGCGUAGGAAAAUUCCGAGGGAUUCCGAAGAACCGCGUAGCAAAAUGUAUUUUUCAUCGUAUACACGUUGAAUACAAACGCAAAUUACAUGUUUAUCCGCGUGUUUUAGAAGAUGACAACAGCCGGAAAGAGUGGCGUUUGAUUCAUAGCUAUUAGUGUCAGACUCGCCGCUUUCAUGGGUGUGAUUACAAGCCGUUUAUUUGGGAGUCUGCGACCUGAAAAAGCUUCGUAUUUUUGGCGUCGUUUUCAUUUCUUCAGCUCUAACUGCAGCUUGUUUGCUAGCGUUAGCUUGUGCGCGUGCAUGCGCACGUGCACCUGCCUGAAUUAAGCUCGCCGCGUUCAGCUGUAAUUUUGCACCAAACGUGCGUCAGUUAUCACUCAUUUAUUUCUGCGCAGGCAGCGUAAAGCAUCGCCGGCUGCAUGCGUAAAACCGCGAAGGCGUUUUGUUAUUAUUUGUCACGUUAUCAGAUGAACCGAAGUUGUUAAUUGUGGAUCUCGUUCCUCUGUGGAGUCACAGACUUCGUCCCAUGGUGAAGUGCGUCAGCGCGCGCACGCUGCACGAACUCGGCCGCUGCGCCUCCAUGGUGGAAACGACGCCUCUCCACGUGAACUGGAACAGAGGCUGACGUUGUUUGGAAGCGACACAAGGAGAAAAGGAGCACUUAUCAUGGACCCCGGCGGCGGAACCAAACCCGCUGACGGUCCGUUGAUCUCCAAGUGUCCUUCUGUUCCGAAUUCGCAGUGCGAGCUCAACGGGAACAUUUAUGAAUCCAUCAGCGAAGGCAACUUCGGUAAGAUGGACGGCUCGUGCGCGGUGCGUGGUGGCAGCGACCCGAGCGCUUAUCCUCCGCUUCUCCGUGCCUCCGGCCAGCGCUUCAUCCGUAGGAGCUUGUGGUUUGCUGACGACGUGGAGACCCACGAGGCUCCUGAAUACGAUGUCCGGACCGAGAUGUCCACUGUUUGUCUGCGCACAAUCGUGGACCGGACCAGAGGAGCGUGGUCAAGCUUACAGGAAGGCUCGAGCACGGAGAGCCAGAGCCGGGCUGGGCGUAAAGACAGCGCCACGGAGAGCACGAGCGCUGACGAGGAUAAGGACAGGGCCGUGACCAAAGUGAACGCAGGGACAACAAACGGCGGAAAAAGCGCAAUAAAGACCGCGAGCGAGGAAAACGAGGAAGAGGCCGAAAUGAAAGCAGUCGCCACUUCUCCCAGUGGCCGGUUUCUCAAAUUUGAUAUCGAGCUUGGAAGAGGCUCGUUUAAAACCGUCUACAAGGGUUUGGACACCGAGACCUGGGUGGAAGUGGCGUGGUGCGAGCUCCAGGACCGGAAGCUGUCGAAAGUGGAGAGGCAGCGCUUCAAAGAGGAGGCCGAGAUGCUGAAGGGGCUGCAACAUCCAAACAUUGUGCGGUUCUACGACUUCUGGGAAUCUCUGCUCAAAGGGAAAAAAUGCAUCGUUCUGGUGACAGAACUCAUGACCUCAGGGACAUUAAAAACCUAUCUGAAGCGCUUUAAAGUAAUGAAGCCCAAAGUGUUACGGAGCUGGUGUAGGCAGAUCCUGAAAGGCCUUCACUUUCUUCAUACACGUGCCCCUCCAAUCAUCCACCGGGACCUGAAGUGUGAUAACAUCUUCAUCACCGGUCCAACGGGCAGCGUGAAAAUCGGAGACCUGGGCCUGGCCACGCUUAAGAGAGCCUCAUUUGCGAAGAGCGUCAUUGGCACUCCAGAGUUCAUGGCCCCGGAGAUGUACGAGGAGCACUAUGACGAGUCGGUGGAUGUGUAUGCCUUUGGCAUGUGUAUGUUGGAGAUGGCCACGUCAGAAUAUCCGUACUCCGAGUGCCAGAAUGCUGCGCAGAUCUACAGAAAAGUCACCAGCGGGGUGAAACCUGCAAGCUAUAACAAAGUCAAGGACCCCGAGGUCAAGGAGAUCAUUGGCGAAUGUAUUUGCCAGAAAAAGGAAGAACGCUACUCCAUUAAGGACCUCCUAAAUCAUGCCUUCUUUGCGGAGGACACAGGCGUGCGUGUGGAGCUGGCUGAGGAAGAUGACGGAAGGAAGGCCUCCAUCGCACUCAAGCUGUGGGUGGAGGACGCACGCAAGUUGAAGGGCAAGUACAAGGACAGCGGCGCCAUCGAGUUUACCUUCGACCUCGAGAAGGAGGUGCCCGAAUGCGUGGCUCAAGAGAUGGUCGAAUCUGGUUUCUUUCACGAAAGCGAUGCAAAGAUCGUGGGAAAAUCGAUCCGGGACAGAGUGGCUCUGAUAAAGUGGCGUAGAGAACGCACCGUGUCCACAGCCGUGCAGAGCGGGACAGCUCAGACGACACAAGCUCAGGUGCCCAUUAGCACAGUGCCCAGUGUAUGUGAACCCAUAGAGCCUGAGGAAACCGAGGUAGACCAGCAUGUCAAUCUGACCCACAUGAGCGGCAGCACUACGUCCGUGACCUCUGAUAGCGGUAUUGGCUCCAUCAUAUACUCCGACUCCCACAGCAGCAACUUGCACAGUGUCAUUUAUCCGUCGCUGCAUGAACCUGUUUCCACAGCAGUGCAGCAGUCCAGCACUCUGGGUCUUCAGAGCCAGCCAGCACCAGUUGCAUCCAUGCAUGUGCCUGGCCAUCUGUUCCAGCCGUCCCAGAGUUACGUGGCAGCUGUACAAAAUGCCGUACCUGUGCAGCCCAGCUACAUGCCUGCAAGCCAGACGGUGCAGCCACAGACAUACUCUUCACUGCCGUCCACAGCACAACAACAAGCAACGGUCCUACCUGCACAGAGUACUUCAAGUGUAUCCCAGAGCUGCACUUUUACAAGACAAUCCGGGCAACCGCUUGCUCAGGCAAGUGCCACAGUACCACAGAUCUACUCUUGUGGUGUGCAGCAACUUGCUGGCACACACAUUUUACCACCCUUGCAGCAUACCGAACCUGGCCAGACGUUGCCGCCUUUGCAGCAAGCCGCCCCAAAAAAUAUACUGCCUGACCAGCAGUCUGUCGGUUCAACCGUGCAACAUUUGACAAAUGUCCAGAUUUUUCCGGCCUCGCAAUGCACCGUGCAGCCUGUUUCAGCCUACAGAGCAGUACAGCACACCUCCGCGGAAAUGCCAUCACUGCAGCUUAGCAUGCAAACCUCUCAACACAUCUCAUCCAGCGCAGCACAGAAGGGCCAAGAAGAUCAUCUUCAUGCUACAGCGCAGAAGGGUCUUCAUGCAGUGAGCAUGCUCGCUAUCGGAAGAGCAGAUUUUCAAGAAUCCGUUCUUCUCACUGCACCUUUACAACCAAGUCACGUGAUCGACGAUCCGGUCCAACCGACACCGACCUCUCAGCUGUCUUUAGCACACGUUUCUGCUGCUCAACAAGUCCAUCAGACGUCCUCGUCUCACAAGCCGGCUCCCCUCACACAGUCAUCCCUCACUCCGCUUUAUGUCUCCACCGGCCAACCUGUGCCUGCCCCUCCCUCUGUUUCACCGGGGCCUGACUCGCAGAUGGAUGGCAGUGUGCCAACGCCCCACCCACUGCUACCCUCUGCUUCCUCUGCACCAACACAGUGUUCCCACCAAGCCUGCGCACCUCCUGUGCUCACGACUAUAAUACCCACCAUACAGUGUUCCCAACAGGGCUACAGUGUAACUCCCCAACAAAGCACAAGCUCCAUUGCCACAAUUUCUUUUUAUCCCCUCAUGCAGACCACUUCCCCAAUUUACUCAACCAAACUCGUGUCACCAAACACUGCCUCUAUGUCUGCAGGAGCUCCUCCCAUCUUUCAGGCUACUCAGGGAGCUCCCAGUAGCAAUAACCAGUCUCAGAUUGUGCUUCCAGCCCUGGCGAGCUCAUCCCAGUACUCUGUUCCAGUCCAUACAUCUCAGACCAUUGCUGUUCCAGUCCAUUCUGCUCAGACCGUUGUCACCGUGGCUCCACAUGCUACUGCAGUCACUGGCCAUCACGCACACCCUGCCCCAGCUGCCCAGCUGACUCCUCCUGUGCCACAAGGCCUUCUACCAGAUCCUCUAAAUACUGGGGAGUCUCUGGAUAUGAGCCAGGAACUUCAGGCCUCUGCAGUCACCACCAAAAUGACUCAGCAAACACAGCCAUGCAGCAGCAUCACGACUCCUCACAUUCAGCAGUGCGGUGCCAGUGUGAGCGGCGCAAGCCAGCCAGCUACCGAAGUAUUUGCUGAGGAGAGUGCUCUAGAUAAGCAGACAACAGUGGCUGCAUAUGACAGCGUGAACUCUGAUGCCACAUCGGGAAAAGAGAUGAGCGAUGGGAACGAGGGAACGCAUGGUGGGAGGAGCGAGUCGAGGGCCCGCAAACACCAUCGCAAAUCCUCUCGCACACGCUCCCGCCAGGAGAAGACUGGCAAGCCAAAACUGAGCAUGCUCAACGUGUGUAACACGGGGGACAAAAUGGUGGAAUGCCAGCUGGAGACUCACAACCACAAGAUGGUCACCUUUAAGUUUGACCUCGAUGGAGAUGCUCCAGAGGAGAUUGCCACAUACAUGGUUGAGAACGACUUCAUCUUGCUGCUUGAGAAGGAGAUGUUCAUUGAGCAGCUGAAGGACAUCGUGGAAAAGGCUGAGGACAUCCUGAGUGAAGAUGCUGAGGGGGAGAGAGGUUCAGGACAUCUGUCCCAGCCACAUCAAAACCUGAUAGGGGGAGCUGGUUUUGAGGGAGCAAGUCCUCAACAAACUCAGUCUAAUCAACUGGUAUACCAACAAAACGUGCUUCACACUGGGAAACGUUGGUUCAUCAUCUGCCCUGUGGCUGAGACUGCAAGUAAUGGUGAAGACGAUCUCACAGCCAAAGACCCAGAGGGCACACCUCCAGCUCAGAUCCAUGAUGCUAGGACAGGUGAAGCCAGACUUCUGCAGAAUAACCCACCACUGUCUAACGCCGCCCCCCUCAGUGCCCCCGAACAACCCCAAACUGCGGAUGAUCCUCAAAGCACUCAUUCGUCGGGAAUGUCCAUGGUUGCCGACAUCCCAUGCUGUCCUAUUGUCCCACCCACUUCCCAGGCUGAUAAUGCCCAGGCUGACAAUGUGAAAAAUGUCCCCCCUCCCCAGCCAGCCAGUCAUGACCCCAGCCCCGUCUCGGAUGCAUCUCUGAACCAGGUUCAACCAGUAGUGCUUCAGCAGCCAUUUUCCACACCUGUUCCUCCUCCUACGCAGUCACAGCCUCAGAGCCCUGCCCAUCCAACACAAGGUCCUCCUGCUACCACUUCACAUACACAGCCAGGAAGUGGACCAGCUGAGUCUGAUGGGGAAGGGCCUCCUAGACUAGAGUUCACCGAUAGGACAAUAAAGACACUUGAUGAGAAGCUCAGGAACCUUCUGUACCAGGAACAUAAUCCCUCACAAUCCACAAGCUCCACCUCGGAUCCUCCUGGUUCACCUCCAGUAUCAGAUAGCCAAAGCAGCGAUGGACCACUGAGAAGAGGAGAGAUUCUGCCUCAUAUUCCAGAGAGGUCUGACGGUCUCGAUACCUUGAUCGACUCUGCUGUUGCCCCAUCAGAUAGGCAGCUGGCAACUGACUUGGAGGGCAACUCUGAUGGACACCCUACCUCGAAAAGCCGUUUCCAGAUUGUUCCAACGGCACCGGAUAUUGUCCAGCGUUUGGAGCGUGGCAGGAAGAGCCGAACUGACUGCAGUUCUGUGGCACCUGGCCACAUAGAAGGAGAGGCUACAGAUAUUGGAGUUUCCACUGCAGAUGAAAACAGAGGCCAAACAGUGCAGACGUGCCAUAAUAAUCGUUAUUCAGCACCUCCAAACCUCUAUCAGGAUAAGCUCACCUCCAACAUGGAGGCCACAACCUCAAUGCCUCACAUUCAUACCUCCUUUUCCAUGGACGGAGCAACACAUCAUGGCUACCACCUCUCCACAGAUUCCGGUGAAGAGGACAACCACUCGAUUCUGCCCCAUAAACCUCCCAAGGUUGUUCCCAGCCAAUCGGAGCACAGUGGAAGUGAUCUCGUCAAACGGGCUGUAGCUUUCUUUCGUCGCUCUGGUCGCAGCAGCAGCGUGCAGAGCUCUGAUUCACCCAGCCGUCUACCAGUUCUUAAUGGCCAUGCCCCAUGUGUUUCAAGCCAUGCCCACUCUGCAUACGUCAGCAGUGAUAACGACUCAGAGUUUGAGGAUGCCGACAUGAAAAAAGAGCUGCAGAAGCUUAGAGAAAAGCAUAUGAAGGAAAUCUCUGAGCUGCAAGCCCAUCAGAGAAGCGAGAUCGAGCAGCUUUAUUCACGGCUCGGACGCUCCGUGCCUCCUAGCGUGGGAUUCCUGCAUGCUGUACCCCCUACUGGUCGCCGCCGACGAACUUCCAAACACAAGCUCAAAGCGGGCAAGCUUCUUAAUCCAACUGUGCAACAGCUCAAAUCCAACCGUGCCAGCAGCCCGGCUGAGACCUGUUCCAUCAUGUCGGCAUCUCCGGCUAAAAGCUCAGUUCUAGGUAACAGCUCAGUGGCUUCCAGCAGGGCCACACUGCACAGUCCAGUGUCUGAACCUCUGCAAGCAGUCCAAACCCAGCAGCCAUGCUCACUCAAAGUUUCACUGUCCUCUGACAACAUCUAUGAUUCAGCCCCACCUGCUCUCCCAGGGCAAGGCUGGACCGUUUACCACCAAACAUCCGAGAGAGUCACCUUUAAAUCUAGUAGCAAACCACGCACUAGAUUCCUCAGUGGACCCGUGUCUCUGUCCAUCUGGUCUACUCUGAAACGACUAUGUCUAGGCAAAGAGCGCAGUAGUAGGUCAUCGCAUUGCAGUGGCACAACUUCAGUAAGCUCAGCAUCCAAUCAGCAAUCAGCACUAUCUCCCGUUGCCAUUCCUGUACCUGAUCCUCAGCCAUUCACAGCACUCGCUCAGGCUCAGACCAACAACAGCAAUAACAAGAAGCGGACGUUCACCGAAGACUUGCACAAGCUGGUUGACGACUGGGCAAAAGAGACGCUCAGUGCCGUUCCUCAGCCCCGCCCUUCCCUUAACCAAAUCAAACAGCAGCAACGGCAUCAGGACCUGAAGGGCACGCCUACAUGUAUGAGUGGAGGCACAGUUCAGAUGAGGGCUUCUGCACCCCCAAAGUCCUUGCCAUUCCAGCUGCCUCUCUCGUGCCCACUUGCAGCUGCUCCGGGUCCCAGCGUGCCGCCUGCCCUCAGUAACACACCCUCACCCGUUCUCCAUCCAUCAUACUUGCUCCCCACCGGCCCAUUUGGAGGGGUGAUGCCAGCUUCUGGGUUUCCAUCCCAGUGGCCUCAGGUCUCCUGUCCAGCUGGCACAAUGGGGCCAGUGAACAUGAUUGGUGCACCGGGUAUGAUACCCCUCUCUACAUUGGUGAACCCUGCACUGCAGUCCUUUCCUAUGGCACUGAAUGGCUCAGAAACCCCCAUGUGCAAAGGCAGUGCCAGAACUCUAUAACCAUGCCAUUGUUACUGUCCCUUGUUGGUGUUCCUCUGUAAUGCAAAGCUUUCUACUAUGCUAUGUAAAUUAGAACUAUGCCGAUCAUCCACUGACUCCCUGGUUGUAACAGUAACUUCCUACUUAGUUGGUUCUGUUGGCUGGUAAACAAUCACCGUCUGUCAUAGACAUGCUAUGAUGUGCAGGUCUCCCUGGCCUUCACACUGCAACUACAGUACCCAUAGUCCUGUUGCAUUGGUCCAGUGUUAUUGAUGUCAGCAACAGUCUGUAUUUGACAGCAGACACAUCUGUACAUAGCCUCAGUGCUUGUUAAUAGUGUCGGUGUGUGCGAUCGUGCUUGAACAACUGCAACUGGCCUUUAUUCUACAGCCAUAGUGACACAUCAUUUUAUGGUCUGUGUCUGUCGAGUCUUUUCCACAACAGCUCAGCAAUCACCGUUUGCUAAGGCUAAGACGGACAAAAACACCUUUGCCAAUGGCUGCCAGAGUCUACUCACACAAACCACAAAGGAAAUACGACACAAACAUCAAAGAACAAAUCGGAAAUAGUUUUAAAUUCAAUCUGUUUGUAAUAGAAAAUCCAUACUAGAAAAAAACCAAAUCUCUGACUCCGGUACAUACAGUUUGACUUUGUAACUGUUGACUGACAGAAUUGUCUGCGCACAUACAACCGAGUGCUGUCUCAUUGCACACUGCGAAUCCAGAAAAAAGAAAAAGCUUUAAGGGGAAUGUAGUGCCUUGAGAGUUGAACAAUUUCCCCAUGAAAUUUCAUUCAGUACCUUUACCCCACCCUUUCCUCAUCCCUAUAUAGUAAUUGUUUACAGUUUCAAUGCUUUUUAGACAAAGCACUACACGCAGACGCUCGUGGUCACCAAAAUAAACAUCUGCAAAGCUCUUUUGUUCUUACGAUCCCCUCAGUAAAUAAUAAAUAAAUAAAUAAUUGUUUACAGUUUUAAUGCUUUUUAGACAAAGCACCACACGAAGACUCCGUCACCAAAAUAAGCAUCUGCAAAGCUUUUUUGGUGUUACGAUCCCCUCAGUACAAGCACAGUUUAACAUAUUCACAGAUCUUUAUACCUCGAACACUGGUCAUUGCAUGUCUUUGAUAUUGUAGUCUAAAACCAGGCCCUGUUCCUGCAGACGUUUGUGCGAUGCGGUGCUUGAGAAUGUUGUCUAUACGAGGGCAAGUCAAACUUUUUUUGCAUGGUCACUGUAAAGUUUACAAAAUUCAGUCCAGGUUUAAAUUUGUAGGUUGGGUCGGGGGUCCAAAAGCUAUAGAACGCAUUAGUCAAAGUAGCAGUGAAACGUGUAAAAUGGGACGUUUGAUACAGUUUGGCUUGGAAAUUCCAAGAAAAUAGGGGGGGGGCGGGGGGUUGCCUUGUCAUGAGCCUUAUGCACUAUCCAGGUGAAAGAGGAGGGGCUGUGCUAACAUUAGCAUGCCACAGAUCUCUGUAGCGAGCCAUACACUAAUUCAAGUGAAUUUUGUGGGGGGGUUUUUUUGGUGGGUUCUUUUAUUGGUGUAUGUCUUGGAUGUUGUUUAUUUUGAGGUUGGAGGGUGGUGCAAUAUUUAGUUUACACUUGUUACUAUAAUAGAUUUUAGCUUUUUCUUUUUUAUGCUGCUAGAAUGACUCGGGUGAUCCAGUAUAUGGAAAAAAUAAACGAAUGCAGACAACACUAACUUGGGAAGAAAAUUCAUCCCCAGUCAAAACCUACCAAAUAAAAACGAUCCGAAUAUACUCUGCUGCUGGAUGAGAACAAUACCCGAGUAUUAGACGUUAUGUUCCGUCCGUUUUCUUGUUUAGCGGAUGUUAGAUCUUCCUCAUUUUCGAGGGAUUUGGCCUAGCAUCCUGAGCACUGUCUUGUUCGUGCACUUCCCUCUUCCUUAAUCAGAUUUACUCUUUGGACCAGCAUGAUUUAGCCUUUUUUUUUUCUUUUUUUUUUUUUU